CGGGGCGCGGGCCACGGGCCGCGGGCCGCGGGCCAUGGACGACCACGGUCUGGACGAGUUCCGCCGGCGCUGGCAGGAGGAGCUGGCACAGGCCCAGGCGCUGAGGAAGCGGCGGCGGCCACGGCGGCCCGAGGUGGCCCCCGUGCACGGGGAGCAGGCCUCGGGGUACCUGGCGCUGGCCCAGGACCUCCUGGAGGGCGCGGGGCGACCCCCGGCGGCGCGUGCCACCCGGGCGGAGAGGCCGGACUCGGCGGGCCGUUCUCGCUCCCCUCUAGCCCGUGAGGGCGCCGGGGGCGGGGAGCAGCUGGUGGACCAGCUCAUCCGCGACCUGGAUGAAAUGGACGACGUGCCCUUCUUUGAUAUCCAGCUGCCGUAUGAACUGGCAAUCAAUAUAUUUCAGUACCUGGACAGGAGAGACCUGGGAAGGUGUGCGCAGGUGAGCAAGACGUGGAAGGUGAUCGCCGAGGACGAAGUGCUGUGGUACCGGCUGUGCCAGCAGGACGGCCGCCUUCCCGAGAGCAGCAUCUCCGACUACUCUUGCUGGAAGCGCGUCUUCCGAGAGUGCCGAGCCAAGGAACACAUGUUAAGAACCAACUGGAAGAACCGCAAGGGCGCCGUGAGUGAGCUGGAGCACGUCGCCGACGCGGUUUUGUGUGACGUGCACUCGCACGAUGGUGUCGUCAUCGCUGGCUACACAUCAGGGGACGUGAGGGUGUGGGACACCCGCACCUGGGACUACAUGGCCCCCUCCCUGGCCUCGGAGCACGAGGAGGAUGAGCCUGGAACGCAGCCAUAUGUCUCCUUUGUGAGGAUAAACAGCUCGCUGGCGGUGGCGGCUUAUGAGGACGGAUUUCUUAACGUUUGGGGCCUGAAGACUGGAAAGCACCCUGUUUGCCGCUUCGGGCAUGGCGCAAGAAUACAGGCGCUCGCCCUCGGCCGGGAGGACGCAACCGUCGCCGCCGCCUCCGCUUUCAGUGUCGUCAUGCUGCGCCCCGACGAGGAGGGCUGUUGGCAAGCAGCUGCAGAAUUUGAGGUUCAGAAACUGGUUGACUACCUAGAACUAGUUCCAGACACCGAAAGGCACCCGGUGGCGGUCGCCACUGCUGGAGACCUGGUGUACCUGCUGAAGGCCGACGCCUCUGCCAGAACCCUGCACUGCGUCUACGGCCAGCCCGCCACCUGUCUCGACGUCUCGGCCACCCAGGCUGCCUUUGGAGUGAAGAGUCUGGGAUGGGUGCACGAAGGAAACAAGAUCCUGGUCUACAGCCUGGACGCGGAACGCUGCCUCUCGAAGCUGGGCAAUGCGCUGGGCGACUUCACGUGCGUCAACCUCAGGGACAGCCCUCCCAAUCUCAUGGUCAGCGGCAACAGGGACAGGAGGGUGAGGAUCCACGACCUCCGCACCCACCAAGUCGCCGCGUCGCUGUCUGCCCACCAACUCGGGGUGUCUGCAGUCCAGAUGGACGACUGGAAGAUCGUCAGCGGAGGCGAGGAGGGCCUGGUCUCCGUGUGGGACUACCGGAUGAGCCAGAAGCUGUGGGAGGUGCACUCUAGGCACCCCGUCCGCCACAUCGCCUUCGACAGCCACAGCCUCAUCACGGCCAACGUGCCCUCCGAGAGGGUGGUGCGCGGCGCCGACCUGGACAACUUCACCACGCACAGGAGACACCAGGGGCUGGUCCAGGCCUACGAGUUCUCGGUGGACCAGCUGGCCUUGCGGAGCACGCUGCCCCUCUGCCGCCCGUCCUGCGACACCACGGAGAGCCACGGCUGCGACCACGUGCCGGCCUUUCCCUGGGGCGGUGUUUAGGGAACGGGGAGGACAGGAGGAGAACCACGUCCGUGAGUCUGAAGACACCUGAGGAGGUCUGCGGGAGCACACCGGCCC